CGAAGUCGACGCGUCUGUCAGUUCAGUGUUUCAGUUCACUUUUGUUGUGAUUCAGCUCUCCAAGUGAAAAGUAAAUAAAGUGCGAAAAAUGGUAAUUUGCGAGACGAAUUUGGUCCCGUGAAUUUGUGCAAAGUAUCGCCCAACCAUACGGGAAUCGCUUCCACACCGACGGAUUUCCCGAAACCCACCCACAGUAUGGCACUGACGCCGGAUGAGUUGCGGAAGCGGAUUCCCCAGUGGUCGCUAGAAUCAGAUGGACAGCUUUUGCAGUAUAUGAAUCAAAUCUCGAAGAAUCUCGAGGCAAAAUGCAAACAAACCCAGGACAACUUGACUCGUCUGAUGCUGGAUAUAGACGAGAGUCACCUCCGCUACGCCCAAUGCUUCGAACAGUUUCAACGGCAUUCAGCAGCUGAAAUACGUGGAGAACCGUGUUCAGGACGACGACGAGAGUUUCUACUCCGUUCGGGAGGAGAAAGAGGAGGAGGGGGAAAAACUGCCGUAUGGAGAAGUUUUCCACAUGGCCGUGGAAAGUCCAUUGCUAACAUGUACAAAUCUUCGAGAAGGUCACUGUUCAACUGGAUAGUGAUAGGAUAG